UUUUAAAGUUACUUAUCGUAUUUUAACUCGUACUUAAAAUUAAAAUGCUUAUUGUUAUCAUUAACAGCUUUUUAAAUGUUAUAAUUUGCAAUUAUGUUAUUCCUAAAAUAACCUUAUACUUCAGAAACAGUUGACGUCCUGGCUCCUAAACCUGUUCAUAAUGUUCUUUAGUCUGCAUAAUGUGUACAAAUUUCUGUCGUUUCAGAGGAGGAAUAAGCUUCUAGAGAAGAAGAAACUGGCACUCGGGAUGGUCUACCUUCCAGGAGAGUGGGGAAUGGGGGAACAUGAGAGAAGGUCGCAGCUGGAACUUAUGAUUGGGGACAGUGAUAAAGAAGUAGCCCUUCUUCCUUUAAAUAAUCAGGUCGGUGGUCAUACAAGACUCCUGUUGCUGGACGAAGGGACGAUAUGCAAACCUCUGAAUCCUCGGGAGUUGGAAUUUUACCAAAACAUCCCGCAAGAUAUUAAAUUGUUCGUACCGAAGUAUAAAGGAAUAAUGCAAGGAACAGGAGACGUUAAGCUUGAAAAACGCUAUAGCCCAAGUUUUAGGGAUGACAACAAUCGGGCAGCGAAAAGGAAAAGGGAUGACGUCUUGAGAAUGAAAGUAAGGCGGAACAAAAGUGCUAAUGAAGUUAUGAAAAAUGGACUUCAGCCGUCGGACAAGUCAAAUGAAUAUUUUCUAUUAUUGGAAAAUAUCACUUGCCGUUACAAGCGGCCAUGCAUUCUUGACCUCAAAAUGGGUACAAGACAACAUGGAGAUGAUGCAUCUGCUGAGAAGCGGACGAAACAGAUGGCAAAGUGUGCUGCUAGUACUUCUGCGAGCCUUGGGGUGCGACUCUGUGGAAUGCAGGUGUACAAUGCUACUGCUGAUCAUUUCAUUAAGCGUGAUAAAUAUUGGGGAAGAGAACUGAAUGCGGACGGCUUCAAAGGAGCCCUUCAUAAGUUCUUCCAUAACGGGGCUUCGCUCAACCAUUCUGUGAUUCGGACGGUCAUUACGAGGCUUAAUGAUCUUCGUACAGCAAUAGAAAAACAGAGCUCAUACAGAUUCUACUCUUGUUCUCUCCUCAUCACCUACGAGGGUUACAUCGAUGUAGAAGGAGAUUCGGGACUGUCCGGAGAGGACACAAGGAGUAGCAGUAGUGGUGAUCCUGAUUUUCUUCAGCCUCCAUCGGUCGGAGGUUUCUUUCCUAUUUCAGAAGAAACUAUGGAUGUCACAUCACUUUCUUCAUCACCAAAAAGAUGUAGCCCGGAGCCUCAUGAGUGGGAAUCUCCUGUGUCGGAAUGUUCUUCUGGUUCUGAAGAAGCAUCCUCUUCAUCCAUUUCGACUUUUGAUCUCUUGACUUCAGCCCCACCUGCAGAAGUGAAACGAGUCCGUAGGGGGACUGUAACAAAUUCGACGGAACCAGUUGUUGACCUCCGCAUGAUCGACUUUGCCCACACAACAUUCUCGAGAAGAGGAGGGCACCACCAAGGCCCUGACGCAGGUUUCCUAACUGGCCUAGACACUUUGAACAGGCUUCUAAGCCAGAUCCUCUUAGAGGAAGCUAGUUUAUAGUCGGAAAUGAGUCUCGUAUUUUUCCGUUUCCUGGCCGCUGGUCUCGAAGCUCCUCUACAGAAGUCGCGGGUCCUUUUAAUAUUAAAAGAUGUCAGAUUGCAUACAUUUAUCGAGGUUUAUUCUUAAAGCAGAGUUGAUAGCUUUAUCCUUUGCACUGAUGUAUAUCAUGGCCUAGAAAAAAAAGAAAAGUUAAAUAUUUAUAUAAGAUGUUUUGAACAGUAUUUUUAUUCUAGUAUACAUUACUAUAAAAAUAAAAAUGUGAAACAUUGAACAUUUUAUUUCGUCCAUGUAUACAUCUUUGCUAUAAAUCUUUAAUUUAAAAAGAAAAAAGAAAACUAUUUAAUGAAAGUACAAAUUGUGAUGUCCUCACUAUCUCAUAACUAGUGUUGCUUUCUUUUAAAUAAAUUAAUAAUUGUAAUAUUUUAUUUAAUAUACUGAAAUUUAAUUUCAUUUUCAAGACAGGACAUUUGUAAAUAUACAUCGCCUGUAUCUUGUCACUUCUGUUUCUUUUUCUAUUUAUGUAUGUACAAAUUUCAAUGUUUUAUUAUACAUUAUGGUACAUUGUAAAAUUAAUUUUAUAAAGUUCUUAUAUCUUGACUAUUGAUGGAGAAAAACUGUUUAUUUUUAGAAUUUAAGUAUUAUAUUUUUGCCUUUGAAAAUAUUUGUAACUUUUGAAUGGAAACAACAUAAACACUUAAAAACAAAAAUUUUGUUUAGAAAACUGAGGUAUAUCUCUUUUUUGUAUGCAGUGAAUCUAGAUACUGUGGUAAUAGUUAGGCAUACUGCCUGCAUGGACUAUAAGUUCACUCCACGAUGAAGCCUAGCUUUAUUGAAUUUUGUGCUGUAGAUAUCGAGAUUAAAUGUCGAUGAAAAAUGUUCAUUUUAAUUGGACAUUCGAAUUCUUUCUAAUUAGUUGACUUCAAAAGCCUAAUUAGUCAAGAAUUUUUCUUCAUUAGGCAGUCAAAAUAUAACAUAGAGGAUUAUGUAUAUAUAUCAAUUAAUAUUUUGAAAAAAAAAAUCAUUGCAAUACUUAAAAUAGCAAUACACCGCUAGGCUUUAAAUGAAAAAAAAAUUAAACAAAAAAAAAAUUGUUUUUAAAUCUUGACCAUAAAAUUCUCAAAAAGACAUCACUUUUUGAUUUUGAAUAGUGACUUGUUAAUCAUUCCUCAUUCUUGAGAUAUUUUUCUAUGGGUUAAGAAUAUCAAAAAUACGAAAUUAAAAAAAAAAAAAAUAACAUUACAAAUAAGUUUCUGUAUUCUAUGUUAAAUUGCAUUAAAUGUUUAUGGAACAAAACUUACCAGCGUAAUGUUCCAUAACAAAUUAUUGUAAAUAGCUUUUUUUAUUUAUUAACUACGGUGAUCUCAAAAUAUUUAAUCAUGACCAAGGUGUUACUAAUGCUAACAUUCUGCCGAGUCAGAAUAAGUACCGCUUUGAGUUUUUGUAAUAUAAUUAAUAAAUAAUUUUUUUAUAAUAAUUGUGAUUUUAUACUUGUUUACACUUAUUUGUGAUAAAUCGUGAUCAUGUUCAGAAAGUAUAUAUGAUUUAAUUAUUUUAAAAAAUGUUGCUGCUUAGUAAUAUAUAUAUAUUCGCUCUAAUGUAAAAAAUUAAUUUGUUUAUUUUAAUUAUUUUCUUUCUUUAAAAUUUAAUUUUAUCUACAUGUUUAAAUCUUUGAAAUGGAAUUUGAUCUUGAAUAAUUUCAUUCCUUAAAGAACGAAUGACGUAGUUCCCAAAGUCUUUUUUUCUUUAAUUAUUAAAAUGUUCUGUAAUAAUGUCUUUUUCGCAAUAUAAAAAUAAUAUCUACUUAUUUAGGAAGAACUUUAAGAAUUGUUGUCUCUUAAUUAGAUGCAUACUAUUAGUCUUACAGUAGCAAUUCUUAAAUGUUUUAAAGCAAAUGUUACAUCAUUCCAGUUGUGUUUUAUUUUAAUUUUGGCUAAAAUAUUAUUUUUGUCAUUUUAUGAAUAAUAACAUUGAUAGCCUAUAUUGAUUACUUUACACCUCAUUCAUAUGUAUAAAAAUACAUAUGUAAAUUAAUAGAAAUAAUAAUAAAAAAUAUUGUAAUAUCUUCAGAUUUUUUUUUUCAAUGUGUACAAUGUAACCUUUGUUUUAAUCGUAAGUCUGGUCAUUUGGCUGUAUUUAAAUGUGAUUGUAAAAUUGUGUUUUAGUUAAUUUUAUGUUAAAUUUUUAGUAUUAAUUAAGAAUAGAAUUUAUUUAGCAUUUAAAUGCAUUUUUCUUUUUUCAUGUUUUCAUUUUUGUUCACACAUAUUUCAUUUCGGUUAUUUAUUUUUUUUUUUUUUUUCGAGGCUGUAGAUUCAUAAGGCAGUUGAAAUAUUUGAACAAAUAUAUUUUUAUAAUAAUAUGUACCAGUUACAGUAUUUUAUAAUUUUAAGUUUGAAUAAAUAAAAUAUAUAUUAUAAUUGUCUUUGAGUUUCUUUCUUUUUUCUUAUAUAAUGGAUAUAUUUCUUCAGAGUGAAUACCUCGUGUUAUUUCUUGUAUGAUUGUAUUAAAUAAGAAGGGUAGAAUAUUUUUAUAGUAAAAUGGAUAAGUCUGAAUAUGUGACCUGUUAAUUGUUGUUAGUAUAUCGUAAACCAUAUUAAACUGUUAGUAUAUCGUAAACCAUUUUUAAACAUGCAUGUUCAAAUACUCUAGUGUUUAACCAUAGUCACAAGAUUGUUUAUUGAUUCCAUCAAAACAAUUAUAGUCACAUGUGCUCUUUUGAAGAUAGAAUACCCUGUUUAGACAUUUUCCUUGUGUUUCUUUCAUCUGAAACUCAAAAUUUUCUACAGAGUAUUUUUGUAUGAAAGAAACUCAAAAACUAGAUUAAAAAAAAAAUAAGUGGCCUGGCUCUGCUGUGUGGAGCAGGUUUAUCACCUAGGACUAAAAGAUCGAAGCUUGUAGUGUAUUUAAUAAAUACAGAGUCAGAAUUUAGAGCUUCGGUCUUGAAGUCGAUAGUUGUUAGAUAUACGACUACUCUGUUGUAAAUAAUGAGCAAGGCAGCGGGGCAGCUGGUCUGUUGUUUGCUGCACUUCUAGCGAUGGCUACCUAUGUCCGACUAUGCUCUUGUCUGUGUCAUUCCAAAACGGCACGACCAACUAUUAUUUUGUGUAUUAUGUUACUGUAGUUAGCUGUUAAUUUAAAAUUUUUAAUUGUAAAUAAAUAAAUAAUAUAUAACUAAAUUGUGUUAUAUUUUUAACCAU